AUGGGAUUAAUCUUAUCAUUAUUAUCAAACUUUGGCAUUGGAAAAGGAAAACAAUAUCGUAUAUUGAUGAUCGGUUUAGAUGCAGCUGGAAAGACAACACUAUUAUAUCGUUUAAAACUUGGUGAAGUCGUUACUACUAUACCUACUAUUGGUUUCAAUGUUGAAUCUGUAGAAUACAAAAAUGUAAACUUUACAGUAUGGGAUGUUGGAGGCCAAAACAAAAUUAGACCAUUGUGGAGACAUUAUUAUUCUGGAACAUCGGCUGUUAUAUUUGUCGUUGAUUCAGCUGAUAGAGAAAGAGUAGAAGAGGCAAAAGAAGAGUUGAUGAAUGCUAUCAACGAUGAUGAAUUGAGAGAUUCAGUGUUACUUAUUAUGGCCAAUAAGAUGGAUGAUCCAAAUGCACUAUCAGUGGCACAAUUAACCGAUCAAUUGGGAUUACAUAGUCUUAAAAGAAAAUGGUAUAUGCAACCAACAGUUGCUACUAGAGGUGAUGGUAUUUAUGAAGGUUUGGAUUGGUUAAAUAAUACUCUUAAAAAUCAACAAUCAAAAUAA